AGAUGCAGCAGAAAGCUGGAAGCUAGCCAUAAACUUCGCAUCCCAUCACAGAGGAAACAGAGGAACGCCCACAGCGCGUGCUGCUGUCCAGCGUGCGCGAGCUCUAACCCAAUUCAUUUUCAUAGACUGCAACGCAACGCACUUUUAAAGCGCUCUGUCACAGACACAAUGCGCUAUUAUUUCUGGAUAUUUCGGAUUUAUUUGGAGGAAUUAUAAUGGAAUUAGAGGAAAUCAUGCCAGUGCUAUCGUAGGACUAGGAGACGAAGUCGAAGACGCUUCACUUAUUUUCCAGGAUCUGUUUGACCCUUAUCGACAAUGCUUUACUUUCAGUUGGUAAUCAUGGCUGGUACUGUCAUGCUGGCAUACUACUUUGAGUACACCGAUACUUUCAGCGUGCACAUCCAGGGAUUUUUCUGUCAUGAUAAAGCCUAUACGAAGCCCUAUCUCGGACCGGAGGAGUCCGGCGCGAUCCCACCAGCUGUCCUGUACGCAGUGGUCGCAGGUGUCCCUGCACUCGUGAUUACAGUGACAGAGUCCGUGCUCUUCUUGCUGCAGUAUGUCUCUGAGGAUCUAGACAACCGAGAGAAGAUCAUUGUGAUGGGCGACUGUUGUUACCUCAACCCUCUGGUCCGAAGGACAUUUCGCUUUCUUGGUGUGUAUGCUUUUGGCCUCUUUGCCACUGACAUCUUUGUAAAUGCUGGGCAGGUGGUAAUGGGAAAUCUGUCCCCACACUUCCUGACGGUGUGCAAACCCAACUACACAGCGCUGGGGUGCCAACAGGUGGUGCGUUUCAUCAACCAACAGGAAGCCUGCACAGGCAAUGAGGAUGAUGUCUUGCAUGCUCGCAAAUCCUUUCCAUCCAAAGAGGCGGCCAUCAGUGUUUAUGCCGCUGUUUAUGUUGCUAUGUACAUCACAAUCUCUGUGAAGGCCAAAGGGACACGGCUGGCCAAGCCGGUGCUCUCUCUGGGGCUCAUGUGUCUGGCUUUCCUAACUGGGAUUAAUCGAGUGGUGGAGUACCGCAACCACUGGUCUGAUGUCAUCGCUGGCUUCAUCAUCGGUGGAGCCAUUGCUGUCUUUAUGGUGGUGUGUGUGGUGAAAAAUUUCAAAGGGAAGCCUUUACUGGAUGAGAUACCGCCGGAGGAGAGUGUGUCCAGUGGUCCCAUGAUCAGUCAGCCAAGGAUGGAGCACACCAUAGAGAAAUACAUAGUGUCUCAGAAUCCCAUCACCUACGCUGAGAUCACAUGACAAUAAAAAGCCUGCUAGCGAGACGAAUGCUGUGGAUAAAGUUGCUGCUCUCCGGUGUGACUUCUUACUUUGAGUGCAACGUCGAUAUGUUCUACUUUUAGACAUCUAUUUUCAAGUGUGUGAAAAAAUUGUUGUCCUUCAUGUAACUCUUUUUUUUUUUUUUUUUUUGAAAAUAGGCAUCAUAGGGUCGCAUCCAUAUUUUUAUACAAACAUCACUGUUAGCAUUUUUUAGGUGUGUAGGGUAUGGAGUGAAAGUGGAAUUGCAACAUGAUGUCAAAUGACAUGUGUUGAACAAAUUCUGAUGUUUCAUUUACAAUUUGCUCAUGCAGACUUGUGCUGGCAGGCAGGCUCAUUAUAGAGAGCAUUUGACUGAUCCAAACACAGUGUAGUACAUGAUGAGUAUUUCCAGGAACGUAUAGGAUUAGCAUGGUCUCAAUGGACCAAAAAUAAACCCUCUAAUUUUGAUUUCACACGGUGAUCUGAUGUGGGCAUGAGGUGAUAAACCUAAAUCAUGAUUGAUUUUGGUGUGGUAAUGGCAGAGAGCACCUUGGGCAGAGCUGAGGGCUUUAAUUGUGACUGGCAAUGCAUUACAGGGCUCACAAAAGAUGCUCAAGCUUUUGUCCAAAGAGGCUGCUGGGUUGUUUAUGAAGCGUUGCUUUGUGUGUUUUUAUGUGGCCAGUGUGUGCAUUUGUGAGCCUGCCCUUGAUGUUGCCUCUGUGAGAACACAGUCUCUAGUUGCAUAGAGAAGGCUUUUUUUUUUCUCGCCAAACACUGGAAUAACACCUGAGCAUGUCAAAGAGAGAGAGAUAGAGGUGGGGAUGUAAAGAUAGAGGGGAUUCACCUUCAUUGUGUGAAAACAGUCAGUUUAUACAGCAAUGUUUGCAUUUGGACACAUUUGCAAUUUCACAGUUGUAUGUGUUUUAAUUGUAUCACAGACCUCGUAGCAUUAAAAAUAAGUUUUUGGUUAAAUUUUUAUUCUGCAGAAUGAUUUGAUUUACUAUACCGAGCAUAUGUUUGAUCUCUCACUGGCCAGUGAUGAGAUUCGAUUUUCAAAUGAAUGCUUUAAUACAUUAAAUAUGAUGUCUCCUAAUGAAGUAAAUCAUGUAUCCUGUUUAUCUCACUCAUGUAGUGCUUCUGAACAUCCCCAACCCUUUUAUGUCCAAUGUUAGUGUCAGCAGUUGAUGCUUUCAUCAUGGAAAGCUUGUGAAUAUGAGAGUUUUCGGCUGGCUAACUGAAUAGUUUAUAAGGCACACAAAGCUGUGUUGAGAUUGUGAAAGUACUAAAUAAAUUGAAAUGGUGAAUCAGAUAGAGCUACUGCAUUAACUGCACAAUGACUUUAAUUCAGGGUUAUGUAUAAUGACAGUUGUUUGAUUUACCCCCUCACCCCUGGGUUGGUACUGUUACUGUAUGUGAUAUGGAUAUAUGUGGGUUUUUUUUUUAGAUUAUGUUCCAGUCAUGCAAGCUAUAUGGUAACUCCUCGUUUUUUCCUAUGAGAUUUUUUAGCAAACUUUUGAAAAGUUGUUUACAGUAUACUUUCCUUCAUAUUUGGUUUGCAAUAGGAUUUGAUGCCUAUAACCCCAAUGUUGUGAAUGGAAUUUUGAUUUUGUGAAAAAGCUUGAAAUGUUUUUAUAACCAUAUUGUGUAUAUGUUGGACAGUUUAUUUAACAGCUUGUGUCGAUGGUCAAUCAUUGACCUCUGAGACUGAGCUGGAAAGAAAAGCAGAUCUUCCCUGAGCCCGAGGUGUCACAGUAAUAAAAUAUUCAUUCUCAGACUCACUUUAUAUCUUUUAUGUAUGAUCUCUUGCGUUCUGUGAUUUUUUUUUGUCCAUAAUAUAUAAUUUGAAGAUGCAGUUUCUCAUUAUAAAUUAAUAAUUUACUGUUCUGUUAUGUAAUAAAAAAAAUCAGAACUGUGUGUGUUAACUUUGUCUGAGCUGGAUGAUAUAGCUAAAAUAAAAAAACAUUUUUAUUUU